AUGAACAUUCGCUGUGCGCGAGUCGAUGAUUUGAUGAGCAUGCAAAAUGCAAAUCUGAUGUGUCUACCUGAAAAUUAUCAAAUGAAAUACUACUUUUACCAUGCACUCUCCUGGCCACAACUCUCGUACAUUGCUGAAGAUCAUAAGGGAAAUGUUGUUGGAUAUGUGCUCGCCAAGAUGGAAGAAGACCCAGGAGAGGAUCCACACGGACACAUCACAUCUCUCGCUGUCAAGAGAUCGUACCGUCGCCUGGGACUGGCCAACAAAAUGAUGGAUCAAACCGCGAGAGCAAUGGUAGAAACAUAUAAUGCCAAAUUCGUAUCUCUGCAUGUUCGCGUUUCGAACCGCGCAGCUCUGAACCUGUAUAAAAAUACUCUCAAGUUUGAAAUCGUGGACACCGAGCCGAAAUACUAUGCUGACGGAGAAGAUGCCUAUGCCAUGCGUCGUGAUUUGGCGAAAUGGGCCGAAGAAAGGGAUAUCGAGCCAGCCGAUAAAGAAGCUUACGCAACAUCGAAGUCUUCAGACGACAAAAAGAAGCGUCAUUAA